GAGCGAGUAAGAAAAUUGAAUCCAUACCCAACUCCCUUAGCUACUUCCUAACAGUGAUCGUCAUGAGGUUGGCAAGCAAUUGAAAAGCCUCAUGUAGCAUACGUCUUUUUUUUUUUUUUUUUUUUUUGACAAUAGCCAUGUAGCAUACGUCAUGAACCUCUAAAUUUCUUUAGUGAUCCCCAUUUAACACGGAAUUACUAGUUGACUUAACCCCUAACAUUAUUCCUCUAUAUUUAUACCACCCCAUAUGCCCUGGAUUCUCGUCAUCGUCAUAUUUAUUUUCCCACCUACUUAUAUAUAAUUUUCAUAUCAUUUUAAUCCUUCACUAUUUUUAUUUUCAUAAAAAAAAAAUGAGUAGCCUAACCAUGGUGGAGGCAAAGCUGCCACCAGGGUUUAGGUUUCAUCCAAGAGAUGAUGAACUUGUUUGUGAUUACUUAAUGAAGAAAUGGAAUGGUUGUGAAUCUGCUCUUCUUAUUGAAGUUGACCUCAACAAGUGUGAGCCUUGGGAUAUUCCUGAAACAGCCUGUGUUGGAGGAAAAGAAUGGUACUUUUACAACCAACGUGACAGGAAAUAUGCAACGGGCCUAAGAACAAAUCGAGCAACCGCCUCCGGCUACUGGAAAGCCACCGGAAAAGACCGGCCAGUAAUUCGACGUGGCAGCCUCGUGGGAAUGAGGAAAACCUUGGUUUUCUACCAAGGGAGAGCACCCAAGGGCAAAAAAACCGAUUGGGUUAUGCAUGAGUUUCGUGUCGAAGGCCCAUUUGGCCCUCCUAAACUUAAUCCUACCUCUAAGCAAGAAGAUUGGGUCCUUUGUAGGGUUUUCUACAAGAACAGAUCAGAAAUAGGUUUGAAAGGUGGUGCUGAUAACGAGAGCAACUCCAUGGAAGAUACAAGCUCAUCAUCCGGCCUACCACCAUUAAUGGACUCCUACAUCACCUUUAACCAAACUCAAGUAAAUGCAGAUACGAGUAAUUCAUACCAGCAAGUGCCCUGCUUCUCCAUUACCUCAUCAUCUGCCAACCAUGAUAACACCAAUAAUCCCUUGUUAUAUCACCAAAGUUUUCACAUGUAUCCUAACAAUAAUAGUGCCACUCAAAAUGAUCAAACCUCGACUACUUUCGAUUGCACUACUGUAAUCCCAAAUGACUCAGCCACAAUAAACCUAAGUCCUUUAGCAUGUGAUCGAAAGGUGCUCGAAGCUGUCCUAACUCAGCUUACAAAAAUGGAAACCUCCCCUAACUUAAAUGGUUCGUCAAGUAUAGGGGACGUUGCAAGCUCUGAAAGUUAUUUGUCAUCUGAAGUUGCAUUGCUACCUCAAAUGUGGAACAAUUAUUGAUCGAAUACUCCCUCUAAUCGGAAAUAAUUUUCACGUUAUUAUUGUCUUAUUGACAAUGUAAGAUGAACCAAUAACGUGACAAAUAAGUUAAUGGGAUGAAGGUAGCGGUGUAUGAUUUGGUUAGCUUUUGAGACAAUUUAUUGUUAUCUAUAUAUAUAUAAUUGAUGAUUGGAAAUUAAACUCUUUAGUUUUCUUGUAUUGGAUCUUUGAUGAUUGAUGUAUACUUAAAGUAUAUGCUCUCUAUAUUUAUA